ACACGCAACUACAUGCACAUACACUUGCAGCUCUGAAGCGAGUAGAACACAGCUUUAUUUGCUAUUAUUGUAGUUGAAAUAUGAUGAGUCACUGAAACCUAUAUACAAACACAUGCUGCAUAGCAAGUACACGUACUGUAUACCUAAGAUCCACAUGCUUGAAAUAAGUUACUAUACAUGUAUAGUCUAGUAGGAUUUAGGAAAUGUGUAUUUCCGUUAGGCAAUAGAAUCUUUGUUUUAAGGGAUCAAGUAGGUUGUGCUUUCACACUCCUAAAAACUUGGUUGGAGGAAUUCAAUAAUGAUGUCUGGGUUUGGGUAGUAUCUAGAUCUUAUUUCUACUAUACUUUUUAUACAAUCUCUACAUCUAAAGUUUUUAAAAAUUCUAGUACUCUCAACGACUGGCUAGGUUACCCAACAAAAAAUUGUUAAACAGGUGGGUUGUACAGUGUCAUGUGAUCACGUGUUCUUAUAUUUUAGUGCAAAUGGAAGACAUGGAAAGUAAGAUUAGUAGACUUCUGGAAGCAGAUGCUGCAAUCAGUGAACCCCACCUUACUGAGAGUGACAUUUCAAAUGAGGAUGCAAUAACCAAAUCUCAUAGCAUCGGUAUCACAACUAGCAAACAAGUAUCAUUUGCUCCUGAAGUGGAUGUUGACGAUCACAGUCACACAGAUGAUACCAUCAGGUCGGAUGAUGUAGAGUCUACUCUCAAAAAUACUGCCAGGAGAGGCAUACUAGCAGUGAGAGCAGCUGGUGGCUAUGAUGUUGUUGCAGCUGCUUUGGGCAAUGAGAUAACGGAGGUUCCAGGAGUGGUGGACUCUCUGGCAGAUAGUGAGCCCACUGAAUCGAUGCUAGUGGAGGACGAAAGUGAUGUUUGGGAUGAUUUGGAUGAUGCUGAACUUAACAAGUUCUUGCUGUCAGAAGAAGAAGUGACAGUCAAGACAAAACUGUGGAUGGAAGAGAAUAAGAUAUACUUGGAGCAGCAGCAAGCUAAAAAAGAACAAGAGGAGCAGGAGAAACUUAAGAACAAGGACAAACCAGCUAAGAAAACUCGGCGCCGGAAACCCAAAGUGGCAACACAGCCUUGUAAAACUGCCGGCGAGGCUAUCGAAAGGAUGCUCCAGGAGAAGAGAAUAUCGAGUAAAAUAAAUUAUGAAGUACUUCGUGAUCUCAAUUCUUUAGCGCGGGCCUGCUCUGAGGUUUCCACGCAUGAACUACCACUGUCUGAAUCAGUUCAAUUUGGAGAUGAAUGUGGAAACAGUUUGUUGAAGAGCCAUUUACAGUUGCCUGAAAGUAGCCAGGAACCUCCUGCAAAGAAGAAGACGUUGCGUGCUGAUGGAACGGUUCAAAAGGCGCAAGGUGCAACAGUUGCAGACAGUGUUAUAGUGAUUGAGAGUGGCCCUGUGGAGUAUGCCACUGAAGACAUUGUUGAUGAAGAGUAUGACGAUGAAGAAGCUGACGUGUCAACUGCCACUAUAAAUGAUGUUAAUCACCAUCAGGGAUACUAUGAAGAUUUUGGUAAUGCAGAUUAUGAUGAUUAUGAAACAGUUGAAGAUUGGAGUUAAGUUAAGCCAGAUAGUAGUUAUUUGUCACAGAAGAUCAAGUAUCAAUAUGUUGAAAACAAUAAUUAUCUUGCGUGUCUUACGCACAUAGACGUACCUAUCUGCGCUCGAAUUAGGCUGUUUAGAAUUCCGUUCUCUAGAGUUUGGAGCGGUACUGUAGCAUUGAGCAUAACAGCUAGGUUAUGCGGGCAUUUGAAACGCCAGAGCAUGGUCUAGCAGUGUGUU